UGCGGUUUGUCGGAACACCCCCCACUUCUCCCAACGCGUGCCUCUGGAAACGCCCAAAUUGUUGGCGGAUGAUUUAAACAUUUGUUGCGCGAGCAGCACAACUCAACGCAUUGUUACCUCGCCUGUACACCAUCGCCUACUACUGCGACCUGUAAAUUACCAACACUAAAAUGGCGGCCAACCCUAAUAACGCUGAUGAAGCUCGUCUUCUAACAAACGGCGAAGACAGUGCAACUAGUGUUGAUGAGGCUGGUCGUCUAACAGGCUCGUCGUCUAACACAACUCAAGGUAAGCUUGUUAUGCCUCUGGGUGUCCCCGGGUUGUGUGGAAGUGCAAAAACAGCAGCCCUGAAUAACCUCAUAACAGAGGUACUGGUACCUUUGAGUGGAGAUAACAGCGGGUCCAAACCCUGUGACAGAGGUUCAGCAGUGACUCCACAGGAAUCACCACAGACUACAACAUCCCGAAGUCUUGGUCCUGAGUCCAACGAAAGCAAAACAUCCACCUCGACAUCUGGGGAAAAGCGGGAGAGGGAAUCCGACAACACCUCUGAUAUUCCAGUGAAACGUCGUUUGAGACUAUCGGACGACACAGAGGAAGAAAGUGUACAAGACUAUGAUGCGAGAUGCGCCGAGCUUUGGAUCGAUGGUGAAAUGGCAGCUUGCGAAGCUCAUGAAUUAUCUCAAGCCAGCAGCAACGGCAGACGCCAACACUUCCCCAGAGACCCAAGACAAGUAAACGAUGCUGUUCGACGCAAUAAUUCUCAGGCUCAGCCUGUCACCCAGAAGACGAACAGCACACAUCCCGGAAUAAUCGCCUGUUUUACAGAGUUGAUCAAGCUUUAUCGUCACGCUGAGGUGUUGCGGAGAGCGGAUUUCACAUCGAUGAUCAAUUUACUUCGUGAAGUGCAAAGGGAUUUUGCAGGGUUGUCAAACGAAAUCCAUAAUAUUCGGAGGGAUCAAAGAAAAAUGUUAGAUGCGCUCUCUCUUCUGUCUGAAAGAAUGAAUGUCAUUCAAAUGUAUGUGUUAGACACACACAAAACAAUUAUUGGCAAAAGAUGAUGUGCCUUUUUAUACUGAUUUGUUGUGCUCGAGCCAUUGUUGUUUCUGGUCUCCAGUUUUAUAUGACGAGUGUUUUUUAUGGGACCCACGCUUGUUCAUUGGAUGUGUUACGUGUGUAGUUUUUAAAUAAAUCACUUCAAAAUGUC